AUGACGUUUACGCUAAACCAAAACAGAACUUUUUUGCGCAAGGAUUUUUUUUGCAAGGAAUCCUCGGUCGACCGGUGUCCUUUUUCCUUCCUAGUUUCCACCCGAGAAGCCGUUCUUGUCGUUUUAAGUUCUUUUGCAGAGAUGAUAACGCUGCGAGUUUCCAAUAGUGUGUAUGCGUGCCUCGCGUACUUGGCGCUAAUGGUGUACUUCCUGUGGCCGGGCCGGUUCGCAAGCCUGUACGAGUUUAUCGAGGGAGAUAACAUCUACGACCAGCUGAUCCGCAAGACGACGAAAAACAUCUCGCUGUUACGGAACGGUGUCCGGUGUGACUACAGCGAGGUUAUCGAGGAGAACCUGUCUCUGUACCGGCCACCUUUCACGGAGGAAAUCAUUAACAACAACGUUCGACUCGGAGGAGAAUACUAUCCGGAGGAGUGCAUACCGAGCUUCAGCACGGCCAUCAUCAUACCCUAUCGGCAGCGCGAGAGGCAGCUGAACCAGUUCCUCAUAUACAUGCACAACUACCUUCGCCGACAACGGAUUCACUACCGUAUCUUUGUGAUCGAACAGUAUGAUCCGAAACCAUUCAAUCGGGCAAAGUUGUUCAACAUCGGGGCCUUGAUUGCCAUGAGCCUAGACUAUCCUUGCUUGGUGUUGCAUGAUGUCGAUUUGAUGCCGCUGAAUCUAGGCCAUCUGUACGCCUGCUCUCGCAAGCCGCGCCACAUGUGCUCCAGCUUGGACGUUUUCCGCUACAAUCUGCCAUAUCGUGGGCUGUUCGGGGGUGCGGUGGCCAUAGAGUCGAACCUAUUCCUAAGCGUGAACGGCAUGUCGAACAUGUUUAGCGGUUGGGGUGGUGAGGACGAUGAUUUGUAUGCUCGACUGCAAAACAAGGAUAUCGAAAUUUGCCGGUUCAGUCCGGCGUACAGCCAGUACUCGAUGCUUAAGCACCGAAAGGAAACACCGAACAAGGAUCGGUUGGCAUUUCUAAAGAACGGCAAGCUACGCUUUCACACCGACGGUCUCAACUCGCUCGUGUAUAAGCAGGUCGGCAUGAAGCUGCACAACCUCUUCACUCACGUCCUGGUAGAGACUUAAUUUCAAGACAGAACCGUCCACAAUCGAGUCUUCGUUGAAGGAAUUUGACGCUAACUCAAUUUGGUUUGAGCCACAUUCUGCCAGAAUUAUGUAGUAGUUAAACCACGGUUACGCUUUCCAGUUCAUUUUCACGAGAAAUGAAACGAAGCUUGUUCGUUUAUCGCACUGGAAUAACUUGCUUAUUGCGUUCAGUAAAGUUUCAGCAUUUGGAUUUUAACUAGCACCGGAAAAGUUCACGGUCAGGAUAUUAAGUAUGCAGCCAAUAAGAUAAUAUUGCCUUAGAAGACAAAGGGAGGUAUUAGAACGCACACACCAAAUGAAAAACAUACUUGUUAAAUCCCAAUUCUUCGGAUUACUAAUCUCUUCUUCAGAGUUCGUUAUGGUUCCAUGUAAGAUAGUCGGAGCUUAGAAAAACAAUACCAAAAAACAUAAAUAUUAAACAUCUCUAGAUUUUACCACUGCUAAAUUCCUGUUAUGCCUUUCCAGAUUAAUGCUGGUUAAGAGAUUAACGGGAAUAUUUCUUUGUUAUAUUUUCUAAUUUGUUGCUUUUAGAGGCAAAUAUUUAAUGCGAAUGAUUAUUCUCUUAAUACCUUGUAGCAGAUUGGAGUCGCAGUACGAAAUGUGAAUUUAGAAUUUAAACUCCUUGACGCAUAGCUUGUAAGUAGGUACUAUUACAAUUCAAAUUGGUCGCGCUUGCUAGAAGGCAAGGAUGCUGGAGAUUUGGAAGAGAACGAAAGAGCUGUUCGAAGUAAAAGUUGUGCGGCGGGCUACAUUAAAGCAAUAACAUGUGGAAGCGAGCAAAAUGAAGAUGAUGGAAGAGUAAGUGAAGAGAAAUACAAAAUACUUUGCGUGAUAAAAAAAAAAACAGUCGGAACGGGUAGAAGAGCAAAUUUUUAUGAACUGUGCAUUACGUAAAAUUUUUCGAUCAUUACAAUAAACUUA